GUGAAACCCGCUCUCCCGUUUUCUAUAAUUGCGAAAAUAUCCCGAAUCCGUGGCUUCCCUUCCCUGGCGCGCGAGUGACGAGCGUGCGCAGAAGCUAGCCAAGCGAUGCCGCUCCUCUUCCCCGCCACGCCGCCGCUACCGCUGUGCCGCGCCGCGCGCGUCUCACGCCGCGCCACGGCCUCCGUGGCGUCCGCGGCCAGGAGCUCGUCGUCGUCCUCGGCCUCGUUCGACGCGGCCGCCUUCGAGGCCGAGCGGCUGCGCCUGGACGCCGCGGCGCGGGCCGGGAUGGAGUCCACCGCCGCGGCAGCGGAGGCCGGCCCGCGGGCCUGGAAGUGGGCGAUACGGAAGCGGGUGUGGGACGCGCUCGAGGCUGAGGGCAUCGCGCGGGACCCGCGCCCCGUCCACCACCGCAUCCCCAACUUCGACGGCGCCCCCGCCGCCGCAGACGCGUUGGGGAGGCUUGACAUAUUUCAGAAGUCCCAUUGUGUAAAGGUCAAUCCUGACACACCUCAGAAGCAAGUUCGGUUCUUAACAUUGUCAGGUGAUAAAAAGCUGUUGACUCCGCAACCUCGGCUAAGGACAGGAUUUUUCUCAGUUAUGGACUCUCAGAUGAUACCUGUUGGGUGCAUUCCUGAAGCAUGCACUUCUGUUGGUGCAGCUAAAUAUGGGAGGCCAAUUGGUUUAGAUGAAAGCCUUAAGGUGGAUUUGAUUGUGAUUGGGUCAGUGGCAGUUGAUCCAAGUUCAGGAGCACGGUUAGGGAAGGGAGAGGGAUUUGCAGAGCUGGAAUAUGGAAUGCUUCGCUAUAUGGGAGCUAUAGAUGAUUCAACCAUGAUAGUAACUACUGUGCAUGACAAGCAGUUAGUUGAUGACAUUCCAGUGGAGAAGCUGCUAGUUCAUGAUGUGCCAGUUGACAUUAUCUGCACCCCUACUCAGGUCAUCUUCACGAAGACUACGAUCCCAAAGCCACAAGGGAUUUACUGGGAAAAGUUAUCUCCAGAAAAAUUGGGCCAAAUCCGAAUUCUAAGAGAGCUGAAGCAACGUAUAGAGCAAGAGACAGGAACUAUGCUUCCUUGUGGACCUUCGGAGAAGCUACCGCCAACAGCUCAGAGAAAGCAGAGGUGGCAGCGGCGACGAUGAGACUUUUGUAUGCUUCUCUUAACUGUUUCUUUUACUCAAUAAAGAGCUAUGUGCACCCUUUUCUUUCUUAGGGCAAAUCAAGGUCACAAUUCAAAACUGCUAGCAUUAGACUAUAGGAACAUUACCAGAUGUAAUAGAAAUGCCAAAAAAAACUUUGUUUGCACUUAAGAGGCAAUGAGGAUAGAUAGUAUAGCUCUUUCCACACAUAUUUAAUUUCUUUGCAAGUAUGAAGUUCCAUUUGGAAAGUGGUACUUAAAAUUUGUAUCUUGGAUGUAGCCGUUAGUUGAAAUUUGAAACAUAUUUUACAGAUUUAUAACAGUAAAAUACUGCUUUUUUCAGAAAUGACUGCCCCGUGCGUUGCGACGGCUUACAACAAUACCCAUGUAAACUAUCCACCAAAAAAAUUUCAAUAUUUUUUGUUUAUUGUCUCCGCUCUCCGUGUAAUAUUUUUUUUUGAUUUGGCUAACUGGUGUUAUUAUUUACUCUAUCCAAUAUAUCUUGUUACAACACAA